CUCCUCCUGCCUCCUCAUAUCUCCUCCUGCCUCCUCUCUCCUUGUAUCUCAUCAUUCUGUCACCUUUUCUCUUCCUCGUCCCUCUUUUCCGUCUCUUUUCCUUCCUUUGGCCGUUUUUCUGUCUCCUGAAGUCCUCUAACAGCUUCACUUAUCUGUCGGAUUCAUCCACGUUUGCUUGUGUUCCUCCCCCGUCUGCCCCCCUCUACGCCCCCCUGCUCAGAUCUGGGUGCACAGCGCUCAUAACGGCAGCGGCUACUACAGCGGCUACGGCGAGGAGGUCCUCCAGUCCGACCACUUCAGCUCCAGGCUCAGCUUCGGGGACACGCAGACGGUCUGGGCCCGGACGGGUUACCUGGGCUUCCUGCGCCGCACCGAGCUCACCGACGCCAACGGAGAGAGGCACGACGCUCUGUUCGUGGUGGGCGCGCUGGAGGAGGCCAUGGAGCUGAGGGGGAUGAGGUACCACCCCAUCGACAUCGAGACCUCCGUCAUCCGCGCCCACAAGAGCAUCAUGGAGUGUGCCGUCUUCCCCUGGACCAACCUGCUGGUGGUGGUGGUGGAGCUGGAGGGCUCCGAGCAGGAGGCCCUGGACCUGGUUCCCAUGGUGACCAAGGCGGUGCUGGAGGAGCACUACCUGAUCGUGGGCGUCGUCGUGGUGACGGACAUCGGCGUGAUCCCCAUCAACUCCCGCGGCGAGAAGCAGCGCAUGCACCUCCGGGACGGCUUCCUGCAGGACCAGCUGGACCCCAUCUACGUGGCCUACAACAUGUAGCCUGUGCGUGUGCGUGUGCGUGUGCGUGUGCGUGUGUGUGUUGGGGAGCGAGCAUGCCGUGCGUUUUGCCGUUGAUGUCCAUUUAUUUCCCAGACUCAGAUGUACUGUAUUUUUGAACCUGCAUUGUGUGUUUAGUCGUUUCUUUAAAGUCGUGUUGUGCCGGUCGAUCGGUCGGUUGGUUGAUUGACUGGUUGGUUGAUUGACUGGUUGAUUGAUUGAUGGCUCGUGGGGGCGGUCACUGUAGGAAGCCUUCGGGGGUCACUGUGUUCGGGGCGACGGCUCCACUCGUUUCUAGGAGGUCAAAGUAGGAAAAGUGAACUGAAUCCGUCUUCAUGUUUUACUGAACCGACCCAAAAGAAGAGAACAAAUAUUUAAAUUUAAAUUAGAACAGAUAAUUGUAAAAAAUAUACAUAUUGUACAUAGACAUAAUAAUCUAUAUGGAGAGGUACCUGAAAACACAAUGAGGUAUAGUAGCCCCUAUAUGCAGCUCUCCACCUGCACCCUGUGUGUGUCUGUGUGCGCGCGUGUGUUACAGUGCGACAGGGACGUUUUACGUGGUUUUAAUGUGAUUCGCGCAGCAGAUUUUAUCGGUCGACAAGGGAAAAUGAAACUUUCUGAUUUAGAAUUUGAACACUUAAACAAAGAAAAAAUCCCAGAAAGAAAAAAAACAUUAUUUUGAAGUUUUUAAAUCUACACAAAUUGAAAUACAACUUAAGUGCAAUAUGUUUGCGAAAAGGUAGUUGAUUUAAUAUUAAUCCAUUUUUUUACAUGGCGGUUUCAGGUUGUCAUGACGACAGCUCGUCUCGAUUGACACCCGACGACGCCGUCUCGUCCUUCUGUUCAGAAACCAAGCAGUUUGUUGGUAGCAGCGUCAUGACUCCCUGUGUGUGUCUGCGUAUGUGUGUGCGCGUGUGUAUUGUAUGUAAAUAGUGUUGAUUUUGUACGGUACAAGUGUGUGUGUGACUUGUUUUGUACACAUGAUAAAAAGGUAAAAUGACACUUUUAUAAGAGCCUCUAUUGGCUCCCCGUCACACUAUACAGUGCAAUAAAGUGCUUUGAUUGGCUA